AUGCAGCAGCCUUCGGAUAACAUUCCAAUCAUGUUCACUCAUGAAUCAAGAGGGACCGGUCCCGCUCACGGGAACCACGUUGAGACCCAUAGGUCCACGGAUCCUCGAAUCUCCCUUGAUGACUACAACCGUAUCAUGCUGGAGUAUACUCAGCGUCAGAUGUCGUCCUUUGUCGACCUUGACGACAGCAACAGCUCUAGUGGUGCUAGCAGCCGCAGCAGCCGCAGCAGCCAGAGCAGCGGCAGCAGUGGUCGCAGUGGCGCCUCGAGCAAUGGUGUGCUUGCCCGCCAGGCCAAUGGACCUCCACCUACUUUGGUUGGUGCUGCCGCCGCCACGACUUGCCAUGGAGCUCAGCAGUAUCCUGGUCAGAAGCCCAUGCGAAGUCCUAAUGAGGCCAAGCCAUCUAGAUAUUAG